AUGGAUCCGGAUGGCAUGGGUUCCAGAGGCAUGGGCACUCUGCCGCCGAGCUCCCUGGUGCCCACCGAGGACAUCCUGGACUGGCUGUGCAGCCUGCACUUGCCUCAGUACGCGGCUCCCUUCGCCCAGGCGGGCCUCCGGAGCCUAGGGCAACUGCGGGGCAUGACGGCCGCCAGACUCCAGGAGGUGGGCGACUUUCCCACGGGUCACCGCCGACGCAUGCUGUGCAGUCUGGAGACCCUGGGGCUAGACAAGCCUCUGGGGGAGAGGGAGGGGGAGAACCACAAGCAGGACGCCUCCUGUCGGCACCCGCAGGCCUCAACAGCAACGGCGCUAGCACCGGGCAGCACCAUGUCGCUCCCGGCCAGGUCGGUGGCGCACGUUGAUGAUGACGUAUAUGAAGACCCCGCCUCUCCCGGCGCCCCCUCCAGCUCCUCCUCUCUUACGGUACCCCGGGUGCUGCCGUGGCAACGAACCCGGCCCAUCUCCCCAGGCUCCACCUCCGGCUCCACCCGCAGCAACAGCAGUGACUCGCUCUCCUCCCAUUCGCUGCACUCCGAUUUGGAGAACUCCCCCUCCUCCGCAGUCCCCGCCCCUCCUUCACCAGACUCCUCUCCACCAUCCCUAAUGGACCUCCCCCUAUCCUCUUCAAGCCCCGCCCCUCGCCCUGACUCUCCAACCCCAUUGGACAAUGUUCAGGAGGACCUCCUCAUGGUGGAGAAUGACAUCUACGAGGCGGCCCCCUCACCGCAGCCCCCCUCAGGCCCCGGGGGCCCCAGGAAGACGCGCUCCUAUAGGCUACGGCACAGACCGGUUCCUGAGCUACCAGAGCAGGACCUCAUACCCAAGUAUCACUGGAGUGUUAAAACUACGGACCCAUCGCCUACCGAUAGUCAGACUCCCAGUGGGAAAAACAGCCAGCAGAGAGGUGUCAGUCAUCACUCCUAUGGUGAGGUUUAUCUGUACAACAACCCUGGGAACAAACCGGAUGGAGAUCCCAAAGAGCAGGUCGUGAUGGAGAUCAAGGAGAAACUUAAGCAGAAGAAGCUUCGAAAGAAGCAACCCAAACAGAGAGAACAGAGGCGGGACAGCAAAGCCCAGCAGGUCACCCAGCAGCACCCACUCCCGACAGCCUAUCAGGGUGCCGACGACAUCAACAACGACGACGAAGAGGAAGAGGAGGAGAAGGACGGCGAGUACUCGACUGUCCAGGCCUUCCUGGAGCCUCCGUGGCCUGCCAUCGAGAGUGGACAGCGGUCCCCCAGGGCACCGUCCCCUAGGGCACCGUCCCCCAUGGUGCCAUCCCCCGCCGACACCUCAUCGCACAAACACCAACCUGGUGAGGUGACGGUGUCGGCGGAGGCGGUGCCCGCGUUCUCAGCGGCACCCGCAGCUGAGGGCAACGGCGACGUCUACACGGAGCCGCUGGACUCGCUGUGCGGGCUGGCCAGAAUCGAGCUCUCAGGGGAGGGGGAGUCGUCCAUUUCCCCGUACGCCUGCUACUACGGAGGCCCCAAGGCUGCCCUCAAGACCGGCUGGCUGGACAAGCUGUCCCCUACAGGAAACUGUGUCUUUCAGAAGAGAUGGGUGAAGUUUGAUGGAGAGAGCCUCACAUACUAUAACAAUGACAAGGAUGUGUACUCUAAAGGCCUGAUCCCGCUGUCGUCGGUGAAGGAGGUGCGAGCGCUGGGUGAUAACCGGCUGGAGGUGGUGACGUGUCUGCGCACCUUCGUCUUCCGAGCUGAGCGAGAGGGGGACAGGCAGGAGUGGCUGGCCCUGCUGCAGAAGGCCCUGGGCUCGCGGCCCUCCAUCUCUCAGCACGCCCCCCAGGGUGCCACGGGCCGCAGCGGGGCCCUGGAGCUGCGGGGCCACAAGGGCCGGGUUUACGUCUGCCUGCUGGGGACGCGCGUCCGCCUCUGCAAAACCGAGCAGGUGAUGAUGAUGUUUGUCUAUUUCCCACCCGAAG